AUGUCUUUGCUGCAGAUUCCUCGGCUGGUGAAGGUGUGCAUGGAGACCUGCCCUUAUUUCCAGCUGGCGAGCCCCAGGGGUGUGUACCACAUGGUGCCAGCAGGUGCCUCUGCCGCUGUGCGCAUCCGCUUCAGCCCCGAGGAGAACAAGGAUUAUUCCCACCAGCUCAUCUGCAUGACUACCAGUGAAAGGAUCGUGGUGCCAAUUCGGGCCAUUGCUGCCCGAGCUGUCCUGGACUUCCCUGAGCAGCUGGACUUCUCCAGGUGUCCAGUCAAGAGCAGCACCCAGAAGACUCUGCUGCUCCGCAACACUGGGAACCUGGAAGCUCGUUUCCAGCUGAGCACCCAGAGUCCUUUCUCCGUGGCUCCGGCCGCAGGAGCUCUGGGCGCUGGUGACACCGUGCAGGUGACAGUGGGAUUCCACGCGCUGACGGCCGGUGACCAUUGCGGGUGCCUGGCAGUGUGCUGCAGCACAGGUGAAGAAAGAAUCCACACACACCUCAAAGGAGAAGCUGUGGAUGUCAACGUUGGGUUGAGCACAAGUUCUGUGGAGAUGGACAAGACUUUGAUCACCAUGUCAAGCCACAGAACUGUGUUCAUCCAAAACAGGAGUAACAUCACAGCCCACUUCCAGUGGAAGGCUUUUCCUAGUGAGGAAGGAGAGGAUGAAGAGAAGAGGAGGCAGUGUUUGCUGCAGACACCCAAAGAGGUGUCAGAGGAAAACAUCACAGAGGAGAAAAGCACAGAGGAGGUGAAGGGCUUUGGUGGAGGUGACACUGCCCUCCUGAGCAGCAUGGUCCAGGAGGAGAUGGCAAAGGUGCCAGAAGAGCCCAUGCUGUUCUCCAAUGAGGUUUUUUUCAUUGAGCCAAUGGAGGGAGAAAUCGGGCCAAAUUGUUCGGCUGAAAUCCAGGUGACCUUCAAACCCCUGGCAGCUCUGGAGUAUGGAAGUGUGGCUUACUGCAGCAUCUCAGGCCGUGAGAGCAGACUGCCCCUGCAGCUCAGAGGGGAAGGCCAAGGACCCUUGGUUGAACUCAGCUGUGACACUCUGGAGCUUGGGGACAUUUUUGUCAACACCCCCCAUGUCUGUGAGGUGAACCUGAUCAACCAAGGAGCUCUUGAUGCUCCCUUCAGAUACAUCCCUUCAGCAACAAAGGUGGGCUUGGGCUUCAAGUUGGCACCCCAGGAGGGCAUCAUUGCAGCAGGUGGGAGCCAGACUCUCCAGAUCUCCUUCAGUGCCACCGUGUUGGGGAGGUUUGAGGAAGAAUUCCGGUUCAGUGUGGCUGGAUCUCCUACGCCUGCCAUCCUGACCAUCAAGGGCAGCGUCACUGGACCGAGUUUGCACUUCGACCUCCCUGAGCUCGACUUCGGGGACAUCUCCUUUGGCUUUCCCUACACCCAGUGCUGCCGGCUCACUAACAGCUCCCCGGUGCCCGUGACGUUCCAGCUCCGCAUGUCGUUCGAUGGCACGCAGCCGGCUGUGGACAGCGUGGAUCAGAUCCGCUGCCACAGUGACCCAGCCUGGAGGAAGGGCGUUCACUUGUAUGUGGAGCCCCGGGAGUUUACCAUCACUCCCAGCCAAGGGACCAUCCUGCCCCAGGGACACCAGGACAUCCAGGUGACCCUGUGUUCCAACUCGGUGAUGGAGUUCUACAGGAAAAUGCUGGUGGAUCUGGAGGGUUUUGGCAAGGGAGUGGCAUCAUUGGUCAUCACAGCCAGAUGUCUUGUUCCUAAGCUGCAAGUGUCCCCCCACGUGCUGCAGUAUGAUGAGUGCCUCCUGAAGGUGCCCUACGAGAAGAAGUUCAUCAUUAGGAAUCCCAGCCACCUGCCUGGCUGCUACGGGCUUAUUGAACAGAAACGCAAGGAGGACUCUGCUGUGCUCUACUCCAGCCCCAAGCCCUGUGGGAUUGUCCAGCCUCACAGCACUGCAGAGAUCCCAGUGCUGGUGGAAGUGCAGGCGCUGGGCACGCAUCGCACCAAUGUUCUCAUCGGCGUGUUCGGGGAUGAGAGAAACCCACUGGCUUCCAGUAUCCUGCCAGUGUCAGGUGUGCUACAGCCAGGAGAGAGCCAGCAGGUCUCCUUGCCCUUCUCUGGCCACCUCAACAGCAUCUCCAGUGCUACGGCGCUGUGCCACGUGGAGGGAGGCCCCAGCUCCGAGGUGCUGGUGCCCGGGGAGGCCUCACGUGUCAGCUGCUCCCCGAGCCCCCAGGAGAUCAACUGUGGCUCUGGGGCACCUCUCAGGGAGAGAAGGGAGCUGAAGCGGCUGUCUCCAAAGCUUGAGGAGGAGGCAAAAGCCUUGGAGGAGGAAGAGAGGCAGAAGGAGAAAGAGAAGCAGAAGAAAGAAAAGAAGGGUGUCUCUAAUGAGAUGCAUGUCUUUUGUUAUGAGUAUGAAGAAACAGCGUAG